AGCUGAUGAAGAUCUCCAACGCCUGUGUUUUCCUCAGACCUUAUUUUUGGCAUUUAUCUAAACAAAUAAUUUCCCUAUAGGCGUUGGCUAACAAGCCAUGGCGGAGUUAGGGGCUACAAUUACUAUUGCUCUCUAUUGAGCCUCCAGACAGCGUCUCCUCCAGUGUGAGCACGAGCUGCAGUAUAUAGCUUCAUGCAGGCUAGCAGCAACUGUUGAAUUAGCUGCUCUCUAUUUUCAUCAAGAACAAGAGUGGUAGGCUUUACCAAACAGAGGUGAAAAUGUGACCAGACAAGCAGCAAGUUAACAAAACAAUGCAUGCAGUCAAUAUCUAGCUAUCUAGAUAGGUAACUUUAGCGUCCACCAUCAUCAUGUGUUUAUUUCUAGCAGUUAAGUUCAACCAGAGUCCAACCUGCCGAGAAAACUUGAUAAAUUCAGCUUCCCCUCGGAGAAUAAACCAGACCUACAGUAUAGUUCCAUUCUAUUCAUUUACACAUUUUCAUUCAUAUUUGUAUAAUUGUGACUGUUUAUUAUUACUGUGCUGAAGUUCACUUUGAUGUUCUCCUUUAAUUUACCAACAGAUAUAUGGAGGAUGGGAAGACUGCUUCAGCUACUGAUAUUGGCUUUGAUACUAUUGAUCUGCAUUUAUCUUUUAUUUGUAUGUCAAUUCAACCAGUGCCUACUGAAUGUGUCACCAUCCAAUCAUCUCAAAUACAACCACACUAGCUUCCCAAGUCAUUGUAGUGGAAUCACCAACAGGACAUUUACACCAACCAAUGACUCCUUCAUAAGUAAAGAGGAAUGGGAAUCUCUGCUCACAGAGCUACAAUGGUCAUUACCGCCUGUUGUCUUCUUAUCCACAGAUGAGGCCACAAACCCCACUAAGUGCUCAUUCUCUGUUGUCAACCCCAAUUCAAACCACACAGUUGGAGGGUUUAUAGAUGUGAUUUUGACAGCUAGAGAUACUAAAAACAGGAUCAAAACCUAUGGAGGGGACUUUUUUCAGGCCAAGUUGUUUAACUCAGAACUUAAGGCCAGUACUUAUGGAGCUGUAACAGACCACUUUAAUGGCACCUACACUGCCCGCUUGGCCCUGCAUUGGCCCGGACCUGCCAAGGUGUCCAUCCGGCUAGUGCACUCCAGCGAGGCCGUGCAGGUACUGUGUCGGCAAAGGGAACAGGACCCAGAUAAGGUCUACUUCCAAGGCUACUUUGAGAAGGGUGGCGAGCAGGAAACGGUGAUGUGCAAUGCCCAGAGAAGUCCUAGGCUGGUGGGGAACGAGUCACAGUGUUGCUGUGAGUACAGAGAGCCAGUCACUGGGGAGACCUGGUUCUGUCGUCGGCCAUCUUCCCUGCCUUGCCAUGCUUUGACCUACCACAGCAUGGGCGGUUACCAGGCAGUACUCUCCAAGAUGGAGACGACCCUUCUUAAGAGUUCCACAAACAUUAUUGUACCAGGUGACGAUUCAGCUAUCGAUGUCCAGCAACAGGACAAUGAAAUCCGAUCACAAACAAAAUGCCGUCCUGGUUUGCACACCUCAGUACCAGCUGGAUUCUACCUCCAGGAUCACUGGACGUCCCUGGUGUGUGACUCAAAAUCCUUUCCCUCAGCUAAACUGAUAUCUGGAUGCCUGAAGGACAAACAGAUCCUUAUGAUGGGUGACUCUACUCUCCGUCAGUGGUUCGACUACCUGGAGGAAACUGUGCCAACAUUGAAACGCCUGAACCUUCACACAUCAAGCAAAUCGGGCCCCUUUGAGGCAGUUGACACCCAGUAUAACACCCGUAUCAUCUGGCGGGCCCAUGGGAUACCUAUACGGACAAGCAAGACCCCCUGGGCUGACCUACACUACAUCGCCAGGGAGGUGGAGGGUUUGGCAGGGGGUGCACACUCUGUAGUCGUCUUCACCAUCUGGGCUCAUUUCACCACGUACCCACUGGCUAUGUACGCACACCGUCUGGUCGUCAUCCGUAAGGCUGUGGCGUCGCUCCUAAGACGAUCUCCCACUACUCUGGUGGUGAUCAAGUCAGCCAACACGGGCUACAAGGAUGUGUAUGGCAGCGACUGGCUCUCCUGGCAGCUCGACAUGGCACUCAGGGAAAUAUUCAGGGACUUGCCUCUGGUCCUCAUUGACGUUUGGCAGAUGACUUCCUGCCACUAUUCUCCGGACAACAUUCACCCGCCCUCUGUGGUGAUCCAAAAUGAAGUGGAUCUCUUCCUGUCCUUUGUUUGUCCGCAGUGAAAAAAUUUGAAGUCAUGCCUGUAGUAACAUUGUGCCUUACUGUAUACAAAAUGCUCUCCCAAAGGAAUCUACAGUAUAUGGGAAAAGGGAUUGUAAUGUUAAGACGAUAAUUCCUUUAAAAACGGUUUGCCUUAUUCAAAAUGAAUGUAAAGCUUGUCUAAAUUGCCUUAUUUUAAAAUAAAAACUAUUUUACCUAUGAAAACUUUUCAAAACUAUGGCAGACCACAGAGCUCAAUGUUUUGUUUACAACCAAAAUCCCCUCAACCUUAAUAAUUUCUGUUUCUCACACAUUUCUGAGAAUAGCAUAACUAUUAAUAUCCACAGAAAAUCAAUUCAAGAGAAGUGCUGAUACUUAGUGCUCCUGGUUGUAAUUUAAGCACUUCAUUAGAUUUUCAUUUAAAUAUAAUUUGAUAGAUUAUUAUUGACACUUAAUACAGAUUAUGUGAAUUUACUGUUAGAUACAUUAUAUGCAAUUGAGAAGGACACAUGAGAUUUACGGUAAGAAACUCGUUGCAGGUUUUGAAAAUCACAGUGUUUUAAUCUUACCCUGUGAUGUCACAGAUACCUUUAUUCUUAUAUUUUUAUCCACAAAUUAUAGAAAAGCAAGUGACACAAUCUAUUGUUAGAUUGUUGUUUACUCAGUACUUUGUUGAAGCACCUUUGGCAGCGAUUACAGCCUUGAGUGUUCUUGGGUAUGAUGCUACAAGCUUGGCACACCUGUAUUUGGGGGGUUUCUCCCAUUCUUCUCUGCAGUCCCUCAAUUUAAACUUAAAUAUAUAUAUCUUUAAAUAACUUUUCUUUUAAGUUAAAAUAAAGGCAGUUACUUAGAAGUUUGGCUGCAACCAUUUUUGAUGGUUAUCUUUCUCAGCAGACCAGUUCCUCUGUAUGCUAAAGAGAAAUUGUUUGUUUAAAGGCCCAAUAUAUAUGGUACAAAUACUCCAAAAAGCAGUGGUGUAAAGUAAUUAACCUGUCUGGGAACCCCUCGCUAACAGCCAAUGAAAUUGCAGGGCGCCAAAUUCAAACAACAGAAAUCUCAUAACUCAAAUUUCUCCAACAUACAAGAACUAGACACCAUUUUAAAGAUAAACUUCUCGUUAAUCCAACCACAGUGUCCGAUUUCAAAAAGGCUCUUUGGCGAAAGCACAACAUGUCAUUAUGUUAGGUCAGCACCUAGUCACAGAAAGCAUACAGCCAUUUUCUAACCAAAGAGAGGAGUCAAAAAAGCAGAAAUAGAGAUAAAAUGAAUCACUAACCUUUGAUAUUCUUCAUCAGAUGACACUCCCGGGACAACAUGUUACACAAUACAUGUAUGUUUUGUUCGAUCAAGUUCAUUUUUAUAUCCAAAAACCUCAGUUUACAUUUGGCUUUGCCUCCAAAACAUCCCGUGAAUUUGCACAGAGCCACAUCAAUUUACAGAAAUACUCAUAAUAAACUUAUACUUGUAUUGAAAAUAUACUUCUCCUUAAUGCAACCGCUUUGUCAGAGUUCAAAAAAGCUUUACGGAAAAAGCAAACCAUGCAAUAAUCUGAGUAUAAUCUGAGACCAAAACAAGCCAAACAUUUAUCCGCCAUGUUGCGGAGUCAACAGAAGUCAGAAAUAGCAUUAUAAAUAUUCACUUACCUUUGAUGAUCUUCAUCAGAAUGCACUCCCAGGAAUCCCAGUUCCACAAUAAAUGUUUGUUUAGUUCGAUAAAGUCCAUAAUUUAUGUCCAAAUACCUCCUUGUUGUUCGCGUCUUGAGUUCACAAAUCCAAAUUCAUAACGCGCGAUCACUAGGUCCAGACGAAAAGUUAAAAAGUUCCGUUACAGUCCGUAGAAACAUGUCAAACGAUGUAUAGAAUCAAUCUUUAGGUUGUUUUUAACAUAAAUCUUCAAUAAUUUUCAAACCGGAGAAUUCCUUUGUCUUUAGAAUUGCGAUGGAACGCAGGUCGCUCUCACGUGAGCGCGCUUGACCAGCUCAUGCCAUUCUACCAGACCCCUGACUCGUUCAGCUCCCAUUCCCCCCUCAUUUACAGUAGAAGCAUCAAACAAGGUUCUAAAGACUGUUGACAUCUAGUGGAAGCAAUAGGAAGUGCAAUAUGACCCCAUAGACACUGUAUAUUUGAUAGGCAAUGAGUUGAAAAACUACAAACCUCAGAUUUCCCACUUCCUGGUUGGAUUUUUCUCAGGUUUUUGCCUACCAUAUGAGUCCUGUUAUACUCACAGACAUCAUUCAAACAGUUUUUGAAACUUCAGAGUGUUUUUGUCCAAUACUACUAAUAAUAUGCAUAUACUGUAUUAGCUUCUGGGUCAGAGUAGCAGACAGUUUACUCUGGGCAUGCUUUUCACCUGAACGUGAAAAUGCUGCCCCCUAUCCCAAACAGGUUUUAAGGAGUAAUGCUUUAAAGUACUACUUAAGUAAUUGUUUGGGGUAUCUGUACUUUACUUUACUAUCAAUAUUUUUGACUACUUUUACUUCACUACAUUCCCAAAGAAAAUUACUUACUUUUUACUCCAUACAUUUUCCCUGACACUCAAAAGUACUCGUUACAUUUUGAAUGAUAAGCAGGACCAGAAAAUUGUCUAAUUCAUACACUUAUCCAGAGAACAUCCCUGGUCAUUCCUAAUGACUCUGAUCUGGUGGACUCACUAAACACAUGCCUCGUUUGUAAAUGAUGCCUGAGACUUGGAGCGUGCCCCUGGCUAUCUGUAAAUAAAUUAAACACCAGAAAAUGUGUCCGUCUCCUUUGCUUUGAAAUUAUUUAUACUCUUAUAUUUACUUUUGAUACUUAAAUAUAUUUUUUAAAAACACUUUCAGACUUUUACUAAAGUUGUUUUUUACUGAUGUCACGCUCUGGCCUUAGUUAUCUUUGUUUUCUUUAUUAUUUUAGUUAGGUCAGGGUGUGACAUGGGGGAUGUUUGUGUGUUUUUUGUCUAGUGUAGGGUGUGUGUAUUGUCUAGGGGGUUUUGUAGAGUUCAUUGGGUUGUGUUCAGUGUAGGUGUUUAUGUAAGUCUAUGGUUGCCUGGAUUGGUUCUCAAUUAGAGACCGCUGUCUAUCGUUGUCUCUGAUUGAGAGACAUAUUUAGGCAGCCAUAGGCAUUAGGUAGGUUGUGGGUAAUUGUCUAUGUCUUGACGUUAGUUGCGUGUGUCUGCACUUUCGUUUGAUAGCUUCACGGUCGUUUGUUGUUUUGUCUAGUUUGUAUUAGUGUUCGUGUUCGUUUCUUCUUCUAUUAAAAAGAAGAUGUAUUUAUAUCA